AUUGCAUUAGAUUUAUUUUUAAUUGCAUUAGACUCCAAAAUAUUUGAUAAUCAUAGCACCCUAUCCAAUCUCUGACCAGAACGUGCACCCGGGGGAGGGGUGAGGUGGCAGGACCGAGCAUUGGGAAACUCUGCAGUAGGCUACAGAGGGACACACCUUUAAUCAUAGCCUACAAAUCAGCUUUGUAGUUUUGGGGAGCUACAUUACACACACUACUAAUCCCAAGAUUCUCAUGAGGGCGGUGAUUUCCGGGGGAAUGUGGCGCUGAGGACUUGUUGGAAAUGACGGUGGAAGAAAUCGGAUUUCAAUAUAAAGACCAAAACAGUAAGCCUGGAAGAUAACAAAGAAACUUCACCAGACCUGUGGCUAAGGGGUGUGACUCACCAUGGAGACCCUGAUGAGUGCGGUGGCCCCCCGGUCCCCGGCCCCGGUGAAGAAGGCCUCUGAGGUGGACUUCCGGUCAGGGGCCACACUGGAGCAGCUGUCGGCCCAGGUGUCUGAGCUGGUCACACUGGAGCAGGGGGACUUUGGGGACCAUCUGGCCUUGGAGGUCCACACGGCCAAAGACUUCAUCUUCAACAUGCUGGGCCUAGUACAGAAUGUGGACAAGCGUCUCCCGGUGGCCAAUGAGUACCUGCUCCUUUCUGGGGGUGCCAGGGAGGGCGUCCUGGACCUCAACCCAGAGGAGCUGGGGGACUACGCCAAGGGGGCUGACUUCGACCUGGACUUCACCCUCUUGGUGCCCGCCCUCAAGCUGCACGACCGCAACCAGCCGGUCACUCUGGACAUGCGCCAGUCGGCCCCCUGCCACUCCUGGCUCUCCCUGCGGCUCUGCGACCCCAACACCCUGGCAAGGUGGAGGAUCUGCUGCCAGGAGGAGACAGAGUUACCCCCCGAGGAUGAUGAGGAGGAAGAGAAAAGGGAAAUGGGUCACAAAGCCUCUGGUGACGUCCCCACCUCCCUCUACUCGCCCCACCAGUCUCUGGAUGGCUGCUACUUCUCCCCGGUGCUGGUGGCUGACUGGUUCUGGGGGGUGGUGGGUGAGGCGGUGGACGAGCUGAGGCGUUCCCCCAAGAGAGGCAUCCCCAUCCCGGAGAGGCUGGAACGCAACGGGCCCCUGACCACCCUCAUCCUCCAGGCGGGCUCUAGCCGGGUGCUCUAUGACCUGCUGCCAGUGGUGUCCUUCCGGGGCUGGCCAGCGGUGGCCCAGGGCUGGCUGACGGCCAACCACUUCUGGGACGGGAAGAUCACGGAAGAAGAGGCCAUCGCUGGGUUCUACCUGCUGCCCUGCCCGGCUCCGCUGGGGGGGAGGCCCGACCGGGAGUGGAGGCUUGCCUUCUCACGCAGCGAGGUGCAGCUGAAGAAGUGCAUCCCGUUCCCCAUGGCCCAGGCCUUCCAGGCUGCCAAGGCUGUCCUCUCCCGCCUCCUGGCUCGCCCCCGCACUGGCCUCAGCCCCUACCACCUCCGCACCCUCCUCUUCUGGGCCUGUGACCGCCUACCGCCCGCCUACCUCUCUUCGCCCGACCCAGACACCCCCGCCCGCCUCCUCCUGGGCCUCCUGGAUGAUCUGGCCCACUGCAUCCUGGGUAAGAACUGUCCCAACUACUUUCUGCCCCAAUGCAACAUGCUGGAGCACCUGUCGGACAGCCAAGCCCUGCUGGUGGCCCGGAAGCUGGCCCAUGUCCGGUCUGACCCGACUGAGCACCUCCAGGUGGCCCUGGACCAGGCCAGACAGGCGGGCCAGCUGAAGAGGGAAGCGGCGGGCGCUACCAACGGGCAUGGAGGGUCGCCGAGGCACGGGUACCUGGCCAGCGGCAUCAUCUCACCCUCGGACGACAAGCUGGCUGCCAGGCUGCAGCAGCUGGUGACAGAGAACCCCGGGAAGUCGAUUUCUGUUUUUCUCAACCCCGAUGAUGUCACGAGGCCACACUUCCGCAUCGAUGGCAAAUUCUACUGACCUGAGGGCCUCGUCUAGUGUGGUGUGAUGGCGACACACACACGCUCUUCAAAACACAUGUAAAACGGCGAGCCAGAAUAUGGCGAGUCAACUAGGAUGGCUCUAGAGGCGAAACACUGCAGAGCCUCGCUACUCUCCUAUACCACCACCUCCUGGAGGCUAACGACAAUGAUUCUAACGCUAACGAGUGCUAACGACGCUGCUGAACAAAAAUACUACCAAAAACACCUUUACACACUGCACACUACCAGGAGCAGGAGGCUGGCCCUAGAGAGCCCUAGGAUAGAGAAACCAACACUCUUCUAUCUAUUUAGUAGUGAGUGAUGUCAUAAAGAGGCCUCAUCACAGGAAAAAGGCUUGUUGAGUUGUUACCACGGAGACCGUUGCUCUUUUAUGAGUUUGCCCUAAGGAGAUGUUCUUUUAGCUGGUGCUACAAAGAAAAGAAAGAACCGCUUUAGAAUGAAGAAAGUCUGCUGCUUGCUGCUCCCAUAAAAUUACACGGUGUACCCUAAGGGUUUCUGCUCUUCUCCUCACUAAUGAGAAAUACUGUAUUCGCCCCUUUUUUCUGCCCAAUCAAAGUGGGUGAUUAGUACCUGAUUCUCCAUUUUAUAUUCAACUAUGAUGUAACUGAAUGUAAUUUGGUGUGGGGAAAUGUCUUUGAACAAAUAGUAUUUUCUUUCUUCCCUCUUUCUGUACUUCUUUUUAUCCCUCUUUCUCUCUUUACUCUGCCCCUCUCUCAUUCGCAUACUUCCUUUCUCUCUCUCUCUCAGGUAUUUUUAACGUUGUUAAUUGUUUUUCUAUGGUUCCCCUCCAUCUAUCUUGAAUGGUAUAACCCAGGGCUGUCCUUCCAUUUCAACACUUACUAUGUGAAGGAACGCACCAAAGAGCCACUGGAGGGGUGUUUCUUUUGCUUCUUCAAUCUACCACCCCAUAAGAAAGUUAUCUGUACUCACUGACCCAGAGUCAGUCUGUACUCUUAAAGGACAGAUUCACUCAUUUUGACUGUAUUGUUUUUGUUCAUCUCUGAGUGAUGUUAUAUCAAUUCCCGGGGUAAUUUCAUGUUUAUCUGAGCUAUUGUCGUUCAAGCAGGCAGAAAUAAAGCCGCUCUCACUACACUGGAAGUUAAUAGGAAUACGACUUUUAGAUCGCUAAAACGUCUAUCAUACACGUCAGAUUUCAGUACUGGCUUGAUCUCAUAUCGCGGGAGGUUAUCUUCUCUCAAAUUAGCCAUUGAUCAUGUUUUUGUAAUAUUCCUACCUCGAAAUGUCUUAAUUUAAGAGGGUCCACCACAUUUUUCCUAUUUAUCUGCCUCUUCAGUCCAGGGUGCGUUGCAUGGUGCCGUUGCAUGGCCAUUGCGAAUGUAAGACUCCACUCUGCGAGGUACAUCGAUCUGCAGGUUGAACAUGGUGAGAUUGUAGACUCCUAAAUUCAUAGUGCAGUUUAGGCUAUUUUACAGUUUCAGUAACUAGCUACUUCACAUGCUGAUAUUGUCUUUGGUGUUAUUGUGUCUAGCGACGUUUGCUAGCUAGCCAGCCCAUA